AUGGAUAAUUUAUUGUAUUAUAAAUAUGACAACAAAUGUGAAACUCAUAAAGAGCACGACAUUAAAUUGAUUUGUUCAACAUGUAAGGUAGUAGUAUGUGUUGAAUGUAUUGUUUCAGAGCAUACUGGUCAUAAACUUGAUAAAAUAGAUGCAGAGAACUGUAAAGCUUUCUUUGAAGAAUUUAAAAAUAAUCACUUUCAUAAUUUAGAAAAACAAGUUGAUGUCAAUAAAUAUCUAUUAAUUCAAUCAUAUAAUUUAUUUAAAUCAUUAGAAGAUAAACACACUGAAAAUGUAAAUACAAUCACAGAAGAAUUUAAAGAACUCUCCAAACAAUUAUCAACCAUUGAAAGUGAUAAAAUCAAACAAUUAACCUCAAUCUAUGGCGAAAAUAAAGAUAUCAAGGAAAACGUUUCAAACACUAUAAAAGAUAAUUUAAAAAAUAUUAAUUUAAUUAGAAAUAAAUAUAAAAAUACAAUAAAUCAAAUUAAUAUUGAUCAAAUCAUUAAUAAUAAUAGUUACACUAAUAGUUAUCAACAUAUUGAAAUCUUAAAACAUUGUUGUCAAUCACAAGUUUUAACAAAUGAAAACGUACUCAAGGAUUUAAUGAAUCAAUAUAAAAAUGUAACUAUUGUAAAUAAUAGUGAACAAGUUAAAAGUUCAGCAAAAGAAAUAUUUGAAAUUAGAGAUUCUCUCUCCAACUCAAAUAUUGCAUUUGACGAUUCUUUCUCUAUCUCAAAUGUAAAGGACCCAAUAAGAUAUACUGGUAAAUAUCCCCAUUCUGGAGGAGUUAAAUAUUUUAUUUAUACAGAUGAUUGUGUCGUUCCAAAAGGUACUACUCAUGUGGCUAUUGCACCAAGUGUUAAAACAAUCAAAAUUGGUUCAAUUCCAACAUCAGUUGAAUAUUUGGCCUUACUUGAUGGAUUCAAUGUUCCACUAACAGAAGGUAUGCUACCAAAAACAAUUGAAUAUCUAUUUAUUGGUGCAAUUAAAAAACCAAUAUUAAAAGGUUCAAUUCCAGAUGGUAUUAGAUAUGUGUAUUUAUUAGAUGGAUUUAAUCAAGCAAUAAGUGAAUUACCACCAUCAAUUAAACAAUUAUUACUUUUUGAUACUCCUUUAACAAAUUUCGGAUCAUACGCAGGUCCAAUUUUUAAAAGUCCAAAAUAUAAACAACAACUCACUUGCCCAGGUGUGGUCGAUUGGAAUGGUAAUGGUUGGGAGUUUAAAGCUGAAUUUUAA